UAUUCGCAAGAUUUGUAAGAUUCUGUUGCUUUGUAGUGAGUUGUAAGAGUUUGAAGAUGAAGUUUGUAGCUGCUGUGUUUUGCUUGGCCUUUGCGGCUAGUGUACACGCUACCAGCAUUGCUAGAGCUAAAACUGUAGUAAACGUGCUACAAGACCUCGGGACGGAAAACACACUCAUAGCGCUGGUACAGAAGGCCGGUCUAGUGUCCGCUCUGGAAGGAAAAGGUCCGUUCACGGUAUUUGCGCCCUCUGACGCCGCCUUCGCUGCCCUGCCAAAAGAACUCGUGAAGACUCUGGAAGCUAACGUCACACUACUGACAGAGGUGUUGGAGUUCCACGUAGCUCCCGGCACGGCCCUGUCCACAGACCUGAAAAACAACCUUCUGGUCCCGUCUCUGGCAGGACCCAAGAUUAGGAUCAACAUCUACGAUACAAGCGAGCCAACUGUCAUAACGGCAGAGGGCGCUCCUGUGAUAAGCCCAGACCACACAGCCAGCAAUGGCGUCGUGCACGUCAUCGGCCAGGUCAUGUUCCCCGUGCCAAUGGGAACAGUCGUGGACAUAGCUGUUGGUGACAAAGAUUUCUCUACCCUGGUCACGGCCGUCUCCAAGGCGGGUCUGGUCGCAACUCUGUCAGGUGAAGGCCCUUUCACCGUGUUUGCUCCCACCAACGCGGCCUUUGCCAAGCUGCCGGCAGGAGUUCUGGACGGUCUGCUGAAGAACGUGACGGCGCUGACAAACGUCCUGACGUACCACGUCCUCCCAGGCGCGUACUACCAGGCCGGGCUGCGCAACGGGGACAUGCUGAAGACUGUUCAGGGGAUGGACGUCACGAUCAUGUCCAAGGCUGGAGGAGAUAUGGUGAACGAUGCCAAGAUCGAAGCCCAGGUCUCUGGAACUAACGGUGUCAUCCAGGUCAUUGACACCGUCCUCAUCCCCCCAUCCAUGCACUAUGAGUUAACCUACAACUAGAAGUAGACCUGGUACUCCCGAUCGUUACUGUUCUAUGCCUGUGAAUAAAUCAGUAUAGUUAUGACUUCUUUCUUUUUUUAUACCAAUAAACGUUUUAAACAUGAAA